UUAUACAUUUAAGGCUAUUUUAUAAAAUAGUUUCUUUUGUACUCUCAAGGGCUUUUCCUUAAAUAUAUGUAUUUUAACAGAGUCCUAUACUAUAUAUUGCGUGUUUCUGACUAAACUUGAUAGAGACUAUCUUUAUUGUGAAAAGAGAGAGAGAGAGAGAGAGAGAGAGAGAGGGAGAGAAGUUAUCUUCAUAAAGAACUGAUUAAGAAAUAUACAAAGAUGGUUAAAAGUAAAGUAUUACUUUAUAAUAAGUGUGUACUUGAAUGUAAUUGGAGCCAGGAAAUCUUUGCUAUCUUUUCUUCCUUAAUCUAAUUUACUGCAUCAAUACUGCUGGCGAAUUAUCGUAUAAACAAAUCAAUGUUGGCCGGAAUCAGAAUUUCUGCUCCAUUAGGAAAGUAAAUAUUACAGAGUAAAAGAUUUACAUUUGCGGAAAAAGGGGAUAGCUUCAUAUCAAUAUAUUCAUCGGACGAAAAUGUCGCAGAUGCGAAAGAAUUUUGACGGGGGGCGAACACUUGGGAGCCCGAUGGAACGUGCAAAGUAGCAACGUGUCUGUUGGCAACAAGUGAAAUCCAAACAAAAUUCUAAACAGAGGCUGCGCAUGUGUUCCAAACGCUCUGCAUGUAUAUAUGUACAUAAAUGCGAAGUAAAUCGACGUCCCUUAGGAGCAUAAACUAAAUUUAGAACUAUUUCCAGCUUGUAUCAUGAACGCAGGGGCUAAUGCCUCUUCGGCAGGAAAGUCAUAUUUGGAUGCUCUGCGAACGACUGAAUCAGAAUCUGAUGCUCAAACAACUCCUUCGUCAACUGCAUCAACUUCGGGAAUUGAUCUUAGCGAAGUAGGUCAAACAGGGACUGACGAUAACGGAGGAAGUAUUUCUAAGAAAACGAUACAUCCUAAACUCUCCAACGCAACAGCUCAAUUGGAAAUGAAGGCGUUGUGGGACGAAUUCGAUUCGCUCGGAACUGAAAUGAUAGUGACCAAGGCGGGCAGACGAAUGUUUCCCACCUUCCAAGUUCGAUUGUUCAAUUUGGAUCCGAACGCCGAUUAUAUGCUUAUGAUGGACUUUGUACCUGUUGAUGAUAAAAGAUACCGAUACUCUUUUCAUUCAUCCUCAUGGGUUGUGGCUGGUAAAGCAGAUCCACACAUGCCGGGAAGGAUUCACGUGCACCCCGAUUCUCCUGGAAAAGGGCACCAGUGGAUGAAACAAAUCGUUUCUUUCGAUAAACUUAAAUUGACAAAUAAUUUAAUGGAUGAUAACGGCCACAUAACUCAACUAAAAAUAGCCAGCAACCCGUUCGCGAAAGGAUUCCGCGACUGCGACCCGGAUGACUGUGUCGUUGAAGUUUUGACAAACUUGAAUCCUUGCGCUGGCAAUGCUGCCCAGAGAAGGACCCAGCACAGGCCAAGCUCUUUGCAGCUUUUGGGCCUCUCUAGGAAGAGGAACGGCACAAAAGACUAUGAGCAAGAGACGGUAUCGUCUGAAAUGGACGCGACUUUAAGCGGUCUCUCAAGAAUAGCUGCUUCAACGGCUUAUGUUCAACCUGCCCUACCUCCUCCAAGUUACCAGCCAGCACCCUAUACAUAUUCGCCCUAUGCUGCUGCACCCGCUCCAGGUAUUGCUGAAGCUUAUAAGGCACGACAGUCUCCUUACUCCAAACAAGUUCAGGAUUAUGCCGGUUACGCAACUGGUGCACGAAUGAGGCUAUAUUCUCCAUACGGAUACGACGCUCAUUGA